CAAACUUAGGGUACAGUUCACAUCUCUCAGCAUCCCUGAACACAUCUCAACCACAAACACCAGACAUGGCAUUCAAGUUGGUAGUUCUCUCUUGCCUCGUGGCUCUCGCUCACGGUAGCGGGCUGCCCGCGGCCAUUGCCGCUGCUCCCGUGGCAUACGCUGCCCCCGUGGCCGCAGCCAGGCUGGAGGAGUUCGACCCGCUCCCACAGUACAACUUCGGGUACAACGUGGCUGACUCUCUCACCGGCGACUACAAGAGCCAAACCGAACAGCGAAACGGAGACCUGGUUCAGGGCCAGUACUCUCUGGUAGAAUCUGACGGCACUCGCCGAGUGGUCGACUACACUGCUGACUCAGUGAACGGUUUCAACGCAGUGGUGCGCAACGAGCCCCUCGUGUUGGCCGCCCCUGCUGAGCCUGCUGUCGUUCCCGCUCGUUACGCCGCUGCCGCCGCAUCUGUGGCCGCCCCCGUAGCUGUAGCUCAAGCUGCUCCAGUUGUUGCUGCUCCGAAAUUUGCUGCCGCUCCAGCCUACGCUCGUUACGUCGCCCCUGUUGCCAAUGCCGUCGCGGCUCCAGCUCCAGCGGUCUACGCUCGCUACACCGCCGCCACCGUAGCUGCAGCUCCCGUAGCUGCUGCGCCAGUAGCCGCCGCUCCUACCCCUGUAUUCGCUCGCUACGUAUCAUCUGGUUACGUAGCUGCACCAGCUGCUUACAGAGCCGCGUUCCCUGCUCCGGUCGCCUCUGCUUACUCUGUGCCGUAUGCUACUCAAUUGUCUGCGUACACAGCGGCAGUGCCUGCGUCAUACAGUGCUCCCCUGGUGGCUGCAUACAGAGCGGCUCCCGUAGCAGCGUACACAGCGCCUGCACCCACGGCCGUAGCCCCCGCCCCGGCCUCCACUGCCCGUGCUGCUCCAGCUAAGAUCGUAGAAUCAUCAGCCGCCGCUGGCUACCGUUACCCUUGAAAGCCAAACUCUUGUACAAUGAUACCUGUUUACCUCUAAAGACUUGUUGUGUAUAUACGAAUAAUUUUGUAUUUUUGUUUUUUUACGAAAUGAAAUAAAUUCAAGAGAGAGA